AUCACAACCCAGAAAACCCUCCUUUCUUCUUUCGCAAGUCUGGAUAGGAACAACGAACUAGGCAUGAAAGUGAUGCCAAUUGUACUUCUCUCAGCCUUUCAAAGCUACCCACUUUCUCGAGGCGAGGGCAUUUUCUAAGCUCAGUGUGUAGGGUAGAUUUUGCGGUCGUGUGUGGUUUCUGUUACCCCUCAGAUGCUGCACAGAAUCGGGAAAAAUUAUCAUCCGUCGAUUAUAACAUGCAUGAAGUGUAACACAUGGUGGAUUAUUCUUCUGGUCUCCGAUGCUGCUCUUGUGCGACUUAUAUCCGAGUCUUUUUUCCGAAAAAUGUUUUGAUUAUCUAUACCAUCAAAUUAGACGCGCUUGUCGAAUACGUUAUGAUGUGUUCACUUGUCAACGUUCCAUGGAGAUGACGUAGGAGGGGUGGAUGCAUUCCUGUUUCUCUGCAUUCUAUUUUCUAAAUCUUCAGAUAGAUUCUCUAUAGAAGUCAAGGAUGGGGUGGUUAGGGCCAAAAUCCUCCUCAUUGCGCCGUGCUCUGCACACCCAUUUCCUGUUCUCCUCAUCAAAAUUCUCUGGGGUCUUCUCAGAAUCGCUCUCCUUGUUGACUGACCCGAUCACAGCGAACGUGGGGUGUGUCAUUGGUCAGAGUCCUUCACAAAAACCUCAAGAAUUUCACCGGCCGGCAAGUGCUUCCAUUGCGCGGCUUCUAGAUGUUGGCCCUGCUUUCUGUACUGUCUUUGAUGCGACAUCAUCAAAAGGCGUAGCAUCACUAUCUAAACGGAUACAUCAACGAUUAAUUUGCGUUGGCACUAGGACUUGUAAUCGUACAUCGUCUAGUAGAGGUAGGGUUAGGGGUUUAAAUCAAGGAAUGCAGUUGAAGAGAGGGUUUUCGAGUACAAUUGUGAAGGAGGUGGAAGCGAAAAAAUGCUGGUCGUGCGAAGAAACAUCUACUGCAGCUCCAUUUUUUGUUUGUUCUUCAUGCAAGGCGAUACAGCCAUUAGAUCAUAGUAUGGACUUUUUCCAGCUCCUCUCUGUGGAUACAAGUUAUCUACAAGAUUCCAAGAUUCUAGAAAAGAAUUACAAGCAGCUUCAGAAAUUCCUUCACCCAGAUUUGUCAAGCGGAAAAUCUGAGAGAGAGCAAGACUACUCGGCUGAGCAGUCAGCGCAAGUGAUCAAGGCCUAUUAUGUCCUCUUGGAUCCCUUGUCUCGUGCGCGAUACAUGUUAAAACUGAAUGGUGUGGACAUUGAUGAGGAAGUCACAAUCCAUGAUCCUGCUCUGCUCAUGGAGAUUAUGGAAUUACGGGAAGAAGUGGAAGAAGCAACUGAUCCUGUUAAGCUUGCCAAAAUAAAAGAGCAGAACAAGAAAAAAAUGUCGGACUGUGAGAACGCUUUGAAGGAAGUAUUUCAGAGCGGAGAUGUUAUGGGUGCUAUUCCUCUUGUUCGGCGCAUGACAUAUUAUCAUAAGAUCAUUGAAGAAAUAACUAGAAAGCAGUAAGCUGCCAUCUUACUUAACAGUUAUAUGACCCCAUUAAAAAACUGUGGGCAAGGGGAAAGUUCGAGAGCGCUCCCACAGCUGAAGUUGAAUUGGAGCCUUUCACGAACAGGAGCUUCCGAGCACCAUUUCUUUGGAGGAGCUUGAACAACCUGCUGAUCAAAUAUUCUGAAUUUCACCAACUUUACUAUAUGGGGCGCUUGGUUUAGAAACAGCAAGCUGGAUCUUGUGGAUUAUCAAUCUGGCAAAUCCUUAUAGACCCAACAGAAGCAGUGCUGCUGGCCAUAUUCUGCAACCUUCCUUGCGAUUCCCUACCGUUAUGGGCUCAUAUCCCAUGAUGUCUCAUCCUUCUCUUAAUGUAUGAUGCGGUCAUUUCAUUUCAUGGAUACAAGGAUGAGAUAGUGUAUGAUCUUUUGCUUCGUGGAUGAAGCAGGGGUAAAUAAAUGCAUCAAUUUAUCAAA